AGCGUCCAGAGUCAAAGCGGCAGAAGAGCUGCUGUGUUCACCAGCUCAACUACUUCUCCAGCCUGCUCCAGCGGAGAACCGCCUCCUGCAGCCCCGGGGCUGGACUUUUCUCCCCUUCCUCCGACUGAAACUCACUUUAGUUCAGUGCUAAAAGGAGCUGUAAGAAAGAAGAAGCAGCAGCAGAUAUACUAAAGAAGAAACACUGACUUCUCCUCCUUCACCUUCCUCCGCUUAGAUUUAUUUACCCUCUCUCAGCAUGGCUACAACUACCUGCACCAGGUUCACCGACGAGUAUCAGCUGUUUGAGGAACUGGGAAAGGGGGCUUUCUCAGUGGUGAGAAGAUGUAUGAAGAUCUCCACUGGUCAGGAGUAUGCUGCCAAAAUUAUCAACACCAAGAAGCUGUCUGCCAGGGAUCACCAGAAGUUGGAACGAGAGGCCCGCAUUUGCCGUCUGCUAAAGCACCCCAACAUCGUGAGGCUUCAUGACAGCAUAUCUGAGGAGGGAUUCCACUACCUCGUCUUUGAUUUAGUCACAGGAGGUGAACUGUUUGAAGAUAUUGUUGCCAGAGAAUACUAUAGUGAAGCAGACGCCAGUCAUUGCAUUCAGCAGAUCCUUGAGGCCGUUCUCCACUGCCACCAGAUGGGAGUGGUCCAUCGUGACCUAAAGCCAGAGAAUCUGCUUUUAGCCAGCAAACUAAAAGGAGCUGCUGUUAAACUUGCUGACUUCGGCUUGGCCAUUGAGGUGCAGGGAGACCAGCAGGCAUGGUUCGGUUUUGCUGGAACUCCUGGUUAUUUGUCUCCGGAGGUGUUGAGGAAGGAACCCUAUGGGAAGCCGGUUGAUAUGUGGGCCUGCGGUGUGAUUCUGUACAUCUUACUGGUGGGUUACCCUCCAUUCUGGGAUGAAGACCAACACAGGCUCUAUCAGCAGAUCAAGGCUGGUGCAUAUGAUUUUCCUUCUCCUGAGUGGGACACCGUGACCCCAGAGGCCAAAGAUCUGAUCAACAAGAUGUUGACCAUCAACCCUGCCAAACGCAUCACUGCCGCAGAGGCCCUCAAACACCCUUGGAUCUGCCAACGCUCCACAGUGGCGUCCAUGAUGCACAGACAGGAGACUGUGGAAUGCCUGAAGAAGUUCAAUGCCAGGAGAAAACUGAAGGGUGCUAUCUUGACCACCAUGCUUGCCACGAAGACCUUCUCAAGCAAGAAUCCCUACAAGAAGCCUGACGGUGUUAAGAUCAACAACAAAGCCAACGUAGUCACCAGCCCUAAAGAGCCCGCCCCCUCUCCUGCUCUGGAGCCUCAAACUACUGUUAUCCACAAUCCAACUGAUGGAAACAAGGAAUCCUCAGAGAGUGCCAACACCACUAUUGAAGAUGAGGAUGUGAAAGCGCGCCGCCUGCAGAUCGCUUCUAGAAUGUAUUAUCAGCAAAGACGCUCUCUCUCUCGCUCUUCCUCCUCCUCUUCUACUUGUUCCACCUCUUUUUGGUAUCUCCCUAGAGAAUGGCCAGGAGCAGAGGCCUGCUGUAACUACACGCUCAAACUGCUCCUGGCCGUUUACUUGUUCGUUUUCCUCUCCGCCUUUCUGGCGUUCCUCUUUGUCAAUUCUACAGCCCGUUGUGGCCAGAGUCUAAACCCAAAGCCUGCUCUCAAAAGGCCUCAACCACUCCAGAGCCCCAUCGCCAUACAGUCGAAGAAGCAGGAGAUUAUUAAAGUGACUGAGCAGCUGAUUGAGGCCAUAAACAACGGAGACUUUGAAGCUUAUACGAAGAUUUGUGACCCUUCACUGACCUCUUUUGAACCCGAGGCUUUGGGGAAUCUUGUGGAGGGGACCGAUUUCCACAGGUUCUACUUUGAGAACUCUCUCUCCAAAAGCCACCGGCGUACCGUCCACACCAUCCUGCUGAAUCCGCACGUUCACCUGAUUGGAGAGGACGCCGCCUGCAUAGCCUACAUCAGGCUCACCCAGUACAUCGACGCCAACAACAUGCCUCGCACCAUGCAGUCAGAGGAGACCCGCGUGUGGCAUCGCCGCGAGAGCAAGUGGCAGAACAUUCACUUUCAUCGCUCCGGAUCACCAACUGUGCCCACCAAUUAAUGAGGCCUCGAGAGAAGACACUUCAUGUUAGAUGAGCGUCGGUCCUACACACCCCAAGCCCACCUGUCAUGUUUCUCUACCUUAUAAGUCUUGUUUACAUAUGGUCACUGCUGGACUUAGCCAACAUGGAGGUGGAGAAGAAUUAUCAUUUUGUAUCAGGAUGUGUGCACAUGUGAGUGUAUGUGUGUGUGUGUGUGUGUGUGUGUGUGUGAGUGUGUGUGUAUGUUUGGGUGUGUGCACGCACACUGUUUGCGAGUACUGUUCGCAAGUUGUUCUCAUAAGACAUUAAGUAUACUUUUAUCUUUUUUAAAUGUUGAUAUUUUCUAUGGUGAGAGAUUAAAUAGAGGGUGUGUUGUGUUGCUCUAUAUAUAAAUAUAUCUAUUAGGGUGUUCGGGUUUAUCAGGAAUUGUAAUGUCUGAUUUCUGUCCCCACGGUUACACCUAACACAAACAGUGUGCACACUUCUAAAUCAUAGCCCUUAGUUCCAAGGGGAGGAGGAGCAAUAGAACUUUACCACAAGAAAAAUUAGGACCCAAUUGCACAGGAUUAAAAAUGUCUGCGUAAAUGACUGAGAUGGGAGCGACUACUCGAUUUAUACACUUUUAGUGUGACAAUUAGCAGCUACAUGUUUACGUACAGACGCUAAGAUUAGCUAAAGAUCUGUGGACGAGGUAUACCACAAUCCUAAACGUUCCUAAGUAUAUUUGACAUGCAUUAUGAAACUAAACGCCUCCUCGAGUGCCUGUAUACUUCAGAAAAGCUGUGUUUGGACUCACACAAGUGUUAAAAAAAUUAUAUUAAUCCUGUGUAACAUGAGAUUAAAGGUGGCAGAUUUUUUUGUGAGCACACGGUCCGUAAAAAUGGCUGACAUAGUCUGACCACUACCACCUCCCCAUGUAAAACUAACCCCGGGCUAAUAGAGGCUUAACAAUAAAAGUCAAUAGAACCUCAAGGAUAUGACUUACACAUAUUAUCUGUCAAUGAAGCGUAUUGUUGCAAAGUAUUAUAAAAAAAUCUCAGCAUGCCAUUAGUAUAUGUUAUGUCAUGCUUAUGAAAUUAACAUCUCAUAGUUAUGAGAAAGUACCUUAAAAUGAAAAGAUAUGGUCAUAAAAACGUGUUGUAAUUUUAACUUACAGCAUCUCAUAUAUAUGAGAAAGUAUCUCGUUAUUAUAUGUGAGAUAAAAAACAACAUUUGUAAAUAUGACAUCUCGUAAUUAGGAAAUACAUUCUCUUUAUUAAGAAAUAUUAUGUUAUAAAAUGUAAAAUUGUGAAACAUCUCGUAUUUAUAAGAAAGUUUUUAUAACAAUGAGAAGAUAUAAAAUUAUAUUUUUUGAGGAUGUCAUAAUGUCUCAUAGUAAUGAGAUACUUUCUAAUAAUGACAAGAUUAUUAUUAUAAUACUUUACAAUAAGUGUACCACAGUAAUAAAUAUUAUUAAAUGCUUAUAUAAUGCUUUAUCUAAUUAUUAAUUGACACUAGUUAAGACAUUAAGUAUUCCUAAAUUUUAAUGUAUAUGAAUGUUAUAAAUAAUAAUGAAUCAAGACGUUACAUUAAAACAUGUUCUAAUGAUCAUCGUAUUUUUCACACUAUAAAGUGUACCAUGUUAUAAGGCGCACUAUCAGUAAACCUUUGGUUUCAUACACAAGACACACCAGAUUAUAAGGCGCAUUUUAAGAGACACUAUAAGGAACUUCUAAUUCAGCAGGUCUCACUGCUGGGUGGUGCUGCGGGUUAGUUAAGUAAAGCUAAGCUAAGUAAAAAAAA